AUCCAGGAAUACACGCCAAUGUGUUUUACAAGCUCCAGAUGAGUGCAAUCUAUCACUAAACACACGAGCACCUGCACAGAGUCAAUUGACCAAGCCAGGGAAACGUUUUUCGGUGAGAAUGUAUUGCAUCGGGUCAGACUACUCCGCGCUACUUUCUCAAGAAAACGCGCGCACACACAAUGAAGCAAGCAUCUAACUGAUAUACAAAGCAAAGCACAGAAAAGUGGUAUCGUGCAAUAAUAGACAGAUGGAAAAAGUCCAGACGCAAACUAGCAGUGAACCACUGCAGCGCUGUAUCCCUGAUGCGUGCCGCGGAACAGGCAUAGAGUAUUAACUUUAUGUUCGCAGGCUGGGGCUCUGUGCUAGGAAACAUGAGAAGGGUGACAUAUUCAGCUUCUGGGGCUCAGAAUCGGAGGCCACUGAAUAAAGCAGAGAGGCGACUGCGGUUCGUGUGGUUUUAGCUCAGGAACUUAGAACGGGAACAUGUGAGCAGGGAAUGGACAACUGGAAGCAGGAUUACAAACUACACCGAGAAGCAGGCGGGCUGCCGUACAGGAGACUCACCGGGACACGGGGGCAGCAGCAGCUUCAAUAAGAAGUCAAGUGCAACACUUUCGAGAAGACGGACAGACUUUUACGCAGCAGAUCAUACGGAGGAAUACCGAACCAAAGAUGAAUACUAUUGUGUUUAACAAAUUGAGUAACCAGGUCCUCUUCGAUGAGAAGGCGAAGGAGGCCGAGAGGAGCAGUAGAAAUUAUUUAGAGGUAAUAGAUGGACAGCAUCCGGACCUUCAUCCAGACCUGCUAUCAAGCAAUCAUCAAGUUAUCAAAGACAACAACGGCAUCAGACACAGGAGGCCUACAGUCUGCAACCUUGACAACUACGUUAUGAAAACAAAAUCUGAAAAGGGCCGUCAGAACGGUGGGAAGGUGCGACACAAGCGCCAGGCUCUACAGGACAUGGCUAGGCCUCUGAAGCAGUGGCUCUACAAACACAGGGACAACCCAUACCCCACUAAGACAGAGAAAAUCCUGCUAGCCCUCAGCUCUCAAAUGACCUUGGUCCAGGUGUCUAACUGGUUUGCCAACGCCAGGCGGCGACUGAAGAACACAGUGAGACAGCCAGAUCUGAGCUGGGCGCUGCGCAUCAAACUCUACAACAAAUACGUCCAGGGCAACGCAGAGAGACUGAGUGUCAGCAGCGAUGACACCUGCUCAGAAGACGGGGACAACCCUCAGCGGAUGCAGACGAGCGGCGGCGAGUUCAGCAAGCCCAUGUACCAGAGCGUCAUCAAGAAAGAGGGUGCCACCAUGAUGGGGACGGGGCUCCGAGCCGCUGACGCCGCCUCAUUGGCCGAGGACUACGUGACUCCGCCUCCUAAGUACAAGAGCAGCUUGCUUCACCGGUACCUUAACGACUCGCUGAGACACGUGAUGGUGGCCAACGGUGUCAUGGACGCCAGGAAGAGGAACCACUCGGGAUCCUUCAGCUCCAACGAGUAUGACGACGAUCUCCUCUCCCCGUCGUCCUCAGAAACCGAGGCAAACUUUGUUUAUCGAGCUGAAACCAUGGACCAUGGAUCAAGUAAAUGUGACAAUGGGGGUGUUCAGAAGGAGAAGGUACGGGGCAAAGACGAGACGUACUGGAAGGAGAUCAACGCAGCCAUGGCCUUGACUAACCUGGCGCAGGGAAAGGACAGCGGUGGAUCAGGGACGACCAGCUGCAUCAUCCAGAAGUCCUCUCAUAUAUCAGAAGUAAAGACUGUCAAAGUGCCUCUGGUGCAGAAGUACUAGCGCCUAUCACGGAGUCGUGUGUCUCCAACUCAUCUUCCCUUCUGCUCUCUAUGCAACACCAACCUUCCCUCUGAAAAUUCACUCGGAAGAGACAGUCAAAAACAAGAAACAAGUACUCUCUUUUUUCUGUCUGUAAAAAUGCAGCAGAACUGAAGACAUCCUAUUUCGUGUGUGGGUUGUGUUUUGACCUGCAUCACAUGCAUUAGACAGGUGUUGACAUGAUCAUCGUUAGCUGCAUUGUUCAGUUCUGAACGAGACACUUUUGUUAUGUUAACUUAUUUGAUGUAUCUGAAUUUCUUUUCUUUUUUUUAUACUCUGAAAUUUGUAUUGUACUUUUGCCAAAGUGCCUUUUUAGAAGCAAAGCAUCACACCCGUUGUGGUUAAUAAUGUACAGAGUGCCUCUGGGAACAUAAAGGACUAUCUGAAGAGGAAAAAUAAUAUGGUCUUAUAAGCUUCUUCUGAAGGACUCCCUCCCUCCAUGAUAUGUGCCUUACAACGUGAAUGAAUUUAUCUGACCUUAAAUAAUAUCUGUACUGUUCUAAUUUAUCAAGACACACACACACACACACACAAAGCAGUGGGUGACUAAAUUAAAUGAAACUAAACAGACAAUAACUGUGAAUAUAUAGAUAAAGUUCACUCCAGCCAAACACACUAACACCUAGCACUUGAGGGUUAGAAUGGAUAGGAUACCAGCAGAUCUAUUGUGUUGUCGUUAGUCACAAGCACCAUCAUGUUUUCCACAGCUCGGCCUUGGGAGUUUUAUUUCUGAGAGGGGAUGGAUCCUUAUCAAGGUUUUUAAACUGGAAAGCGCAAGCAAAUGUUGACCUAGCACCAGCAUACAGGCAUGCUCACGUGCACACACACACACACACACACACACACACACACACACACACACACACACACACACACACACACACACACACACACACACACACACACACACACACACACACACACACACACACACACACACACACACACACACACACACACACACACACACACACACACACACACACGCGCACACACACACACGCACACACACACACACGGUCGGGAGGUUUAGUCGGCACAGUGCUAUAUCUGUUUAAUCAAAGAGGGCUGUGAACUAAAGGGAUGUUUUUCUGUCUGUUAUCAGUGUAGUAUUAUAUGAAGUACUGUGUUGCUCCCUUACAUGUUUUCGUUUAGAACAAGGUACGUCAACAGUGUAAAAAAAAGACUAGGAGGUCAAUUUAAUCCAACCCAGAUUGCAGUAUUUAUGCAGUGGUUAUUUUUCCAAUGGUCAAAUGAAUUCACAGACUGGUCUUGGGUUAUGUUUAAAAACCUACAACUACGACCAGGGCGACCCCCCCCCUCCCCGGGACGGAUAUUGUACAUAAAGACACUGAGUAAACAUUGCUAAGGUGGGUUUGAUUGAAUCCCGACCUAGCUCACCAUGCCGUUUAAUCCUACACUCACUCCUGCUUAGCUGUUCUAAAUCACACUCAAUGUGCUGUUUACAAGAAGCCAGAGAGAGAGAGACUUGCUCAAAAAAAUGACAAAUAAAUAGCCUUUUCAGUAUUAUCUCUUUGUCAGCCAGCAAAGCAAUUGUUCAAGUAUUUGUUAUUGUGCGUUUGUUUAUCGCAGUGGUUGUUCUGCUGUAUCAAAGUUUUACUUCACCAUAACGCGUUGUGUUCCUUUUUGUGACCGAAUGGAAAGAAUCCUCCUUAAAUACUUCUAAAGUAUGUUAUUUACAUUGUAGCAACCCAAUGCCAAGUACACAACUGAGAGGAAUCAAGUUGGACUGUUAUAGUAACUAGUCAGCCAUUUUCUGCCGACUCACUAAUUGUUUGUAUAUCUUCAAGGUACUGUUUAUGUGUCAAAAUCUACACUUUAAAAAACAAAAAAUAAUCUCUGUGCUGUUUGGGCCCAUUGUUUGACAACCUAGACUGUGCUUGUGGUCAAGGGGUGAUUGAGAAGAGCUGAACAAAGCUACUUGUAGCCAUGACUCUUAUUCUUGAAUGUGCAAACCGUUAAAAGCUGCACUUUAAACUCUCUGUUCUCCAGUAGGAAGAAAGAGAAGAAAAGUCGUCAUUGAGAAGUUAUGGGAUUGAUUUGAAGGGGGUAACAAUGUGUUGAGGCUUCAGAGGCACAGAACAGCCAUUGUUUUACCUGUACACCCUGUAGGGACACAGAAUCAGUCGGCAAACUAAAUGUACCCCGAGGCUUCGGUCCAGUACUGUACAUUUGUUUCUGUGCAGAAACUCAUGCUUUCAAACAGAUGCUGACAAACGGAAACCAAUUCACUUUUGUCAUAUUUUAGAAAAAUCUAUAAAUUAUUAAGGAUUGUAAAAAAAUAAGUUGGUGAGAAUAGUCUGUUUUUUUUAUUGUUAAGUUAUGAGUUAAAACAUUUUGAUAGAGACUGGAUUGUUAUCCAAUGACCAAAUGCAUAAUAUCUCAUUGUAUUGUCUGAUUUUGCUUUUAUGUAAACAUGUAUUUUGUUAAUCUAUGGUUACUUCCACAAAACAAUGAAUAAACCUUUGAAGAAA